AGAUGGCGGCCCCCUUGAACUGAAUUUGAUUGCCAACAACAUAUGUAUUUUAGCAGCAAUAGCCACAUGGACAUCUGAAAGUGUGGUUUUCCUGCAGAUACUCAUCCUAGCUAGACCACAGCUCAGUGGAAACAUGAACUCGGGCAAGAAAAUAGAGGUGAAUUCUUCUUCGCUUGUGGGUUUGAAGGCGGAGUUAUUCCGGAAGCAAGAGGCACUCCGCAAAGAACGACUUCAACAGAACUCCACUACAGUCAAGGCUAAACCUGUUCCUAAGAAAGCAAGUAUCUGGACCAAGAAGAAUGCUGGAGUCCAGUCCCGAGCUGAGAAGGAUAAAGUUCUCACAGCGGAAGAAGAAAAUGCAUUGGAUAAAUCAAGGAAAGCCUUAGAGGCCAAGACAAAGCUGUAUGAGCAGAUGUCAAAAGGAGCCAUUCUGACAGCAGAGGACGAUGCUGCAGAUCACUUCCUGGUGGACUUUGAGAAGAAGGCCAUCGGUGACAUGAAGGAGAAGAGAAGACUCAAGGAGGAGGAAGAGGAGGCAGCAAGGGCGGGGCCAGAGUAUGAGAUGGGAGCCACGGAUGUACCUGGCCCAGUCGACUCUGAAGACCAAUGGGUGGACUAUGUGGACACUUUAGGACGCUCAAGACGCUGUAUGAAGAAAGAUCUUCCCGAGCUAAUCAACAUGGAUAAACGUCUUAAUCCUCAGGCAUUCAAAGAGAAGGACGACAAGGAGAAAGCUAUGAAGCAAGAGGCACUGCCAGAUCUUCUCUCUAGUGACAUGCAUCGGGAGAUGAUGAGGAAGAAAUGGGAGGCCGAGGAGGAAGAAAUGAGGAGCCGAGGUCCGGGCCCUCUUCACUACCAGAACCUCAAGUUUGAUGAGGUGAGAGAGAUGGGCGUCGGCUACUUUGACUUCUCAAAGGAUGAGGGAGAGAGACAGAGUCAGAUGGAGAUGUUGAGUCAUCUUAGAGGCGAGACGCUUGAUCAGAGAACCAAGAGUGAACAGCUGAAAGCGAAACGCAAAGCGGCCCUAAAGGCCCGACUGGAUAAAGUGAAGCAGCGUAAGAGAGCCAAGGGGGAGAUAGUUGAGGAGGAGGGCGGUAAGGACCAUCAGGAGGAGGAGGAAGAUGCGAGGAUAAAGGAGGAGGCGGUGUCAGCGAGACGGAGACAGAAGGAGGAGGAUGAAAAGAGGUUAGCAGAGAGGCUGAGCAAGACGGCGCCGGCGAGACCUUGGGAUAUCGGAAAAGAAGAGUCGCAAUGGGACAGGGUGAAGAAGCAAGUACGUGAAGAGCGCCCUCAAGAGUUUGCUCCUCCACAGCAGUACAACUGGAUGACGCCAUCGACGAGACAAACUCCAAAGAAGAGCAAGUUUGCGUCCACGGAAAGUUACGACGACACCCUUAGCACGUCAAAACGGCUGCAGGAGUUCGCUCCUCCAAGUAAUUCUGCAAAGUGGAACAUGAGACAGGGUGUGUCUGCAAGUACUUCCGAAGAGGGGAUUUCGUUAGAGUCCAAGAAAUCUGAGGAUCAUGGAAGACAGGCUGGGGAAUCGAACCAAGGAGAAGAUUUCCGACGAGGAGGGAUUGGAGCUAAGGUAGUUAGUGAGGACUCUAUAGCACAAGCUUUGUCUUUCUUCCGUAGUAAGGCAAAGAAGUAGGACUCAAUAGAGGCCACAAUUUGUAAAUUCACCAAUGAUUGAUUAAAGGAAAACAUUUGUCGAAAGUAACACUGAAUUUUCAGGUUGUAUUAUUAAAACCUCAGAGAUUUACAAAGGGUUCCCCCAUAGCAGAUUCUUUUCCAAGGUGUAAGUCUAUGUUUAUUGAGCCCUCAAUGAGGGCAAAAAAUGACAAAAUCUCAAGCAUUUUUAUCAAUUUUGGACCAAAAAUAUGAAGAAAAAAAACAGUCGUU